GGGUUGUUUUUAAACUUUUUUGAACAAUUUCUUGAUUUCCGUGGUAAAGAUAAAGGUGAUCCUUACUCCUUGUGGAUUAUUCGUGUAAAUCAUUUCACUUGAAUCGAAAAGAAUGAGCCAAAAUCGUGGUAACAGACGAAACUACCACGGUCGUAGCGGUGGCCGUGGUGGAAGUGGUGCAGGAGGAGGAGGAGGAGGAGGCCGCCGUGGAGGCAGAGAUGGGCAAAAUGCCGGUUCCGGGAGUUCCUUGGAUGAGACAAAUCCUAUUAUUCAGAGUUUCCGCGGAUACGCCCGCGAACUCGAUGCGAAGCACGAUCGCCACGAGCGGAUUGUGAAGUGCAGUCGAGACAUAACGAUCGAAAGUAAGCGCAUUAUCUUCCUACUACACACCAUCGAUCCCAGGAAAAACAACGAUGCAAAAGUUUGCGAGGAAGCGAAGCAGCGUCUGGAGAAUCUGUUCCGGAACCAGUUUUUCAUCAUCGCGAAGGAACUACGAGGCCAAGAUGCAUACCAGUACGCUCGAGCGUAUACACACGGUAUGCAGGAGUUUAUUGAGGCCUAUUCCUUCUACGAGUACUCGAGCGGCCAGGAAAUUUCGCACUGGCAGGUAGUGCAGGAAAAAUUAAGUUAUAAACAUGAGGCUACACCACCAGUGAAGCAAGAAACUACCAACGAACCGAACGACUCGACCACAGCGGAAGUAGCCACCACGGCGGAAGUAGCCGAGGGUAGCGAUGGACAAGCGGAAGCGGAAUCCCCGCCAGCGACAACGAACGAAAGCCAGGCUACUCUCGAAAGCGUUUGUUUGCUGCAGCCGCUUGAUUUUGUGCUCGGUUUGGGUGAUUUGAGCGGAGAGAUUAUGCGAAAGUGCAUUAACGGGCUGGGCUCUGGGCAGGUCGAUAGUUGCUUCGGGCAUUGUCGAUUCAUGCAGGAUCUGUACCGCGGAUUUCUGAGCGUGUCAUCGGCCCGCAGCCGUGACUUUACGCACAAAAUGAACACCUUACGCCAGAGUUUGGUGAAGAGCGAAAACGUUUGCUACAAUGUAACGAUGCGCGGUGGUGAGGCGGCAAAGUGGGGUGGUGGUCCAUCGGAUGAAGCAUUCGCAAGCUUCGUAGGAAACUCGAACUUUGAAGCAGCUGAAGAAGAUGAAGGGGUUUACUUUUAAGAAAAAGAUUUCCCACUUUUUGGAUUCCAAUCCAUAGAAUAUUUCAGGAUUCUUUGGGCCAAUAUUCGUCAUUCUCAUUGAUUUUUUUUCUUUAUUUCAAUAAUUGUUCUUCAUGGUUUUGAAUUUCAUUAAGUCACUUCAGGUCGAAAUAAACCGGUACCGGAACUGGCAUACAUUACCGGAAAACAAGAUUUCAU